GCGCGGGCGCCGGGAGCGCGCCUGCCCGGGCGCUCGCGCAGCCGCGGGACUCAGUGGAAACCGAAGGCGAGCGAGGGCGGAGCGCGGGAAGCAUGAGGAAAGGGGCUUCCUGCGAGCGGAAACCGGCGUGGAUGCCGACGGGGAAGGCGGUGAAGGUUCUCCUGGUUCUCCCAAGCAGCGGCUCUCACAUUGCUGUCCUCAGGACUCACGGUCCCGAAAAUACUGUAACUGUUAUAUGUUAACGCAACUCACUUUUAUGAAGGAUAAAUAUCCCUCAACAAGAUAGUGAGCACCAAAUGGAUUUCUUAUGGAAAUAUGUGUAGAUUCAGUGGAGUCAGCUGUGAAUGCAGAGAGAGGAGGUGCUGGUCGGAUUGAAUUAUGUGCUGGUUUACUAGAGGGAGGAAUCACACCCAGCAUGGGUAUUCUUCAAGUAGUAAAACAAAGUGUCCAAAUUCCAGUUUUUGUGAUGAUUCGACCACGGGGAGGUGAUUUUUUAUAUUCAGAUCGUGAAGUUGAAGUGAUGAAGGCUGACAUUCGUCUUGCCAAGCUUUAUGGUGCUGAUGGUUUGGUAUUUGGGGCAUUGACUGAAGACGGACACGUUGACAAAGAGCUAUGCAUGUCUCUUUUGGCUCUUUGCCGUCCUCUGCCAGUCACUUUUCACCGAGCCUUUGAUAUGGUUUGUGAUCCAAUGGCAGCUCUGGAGACCCUCUUAACCCUGGGAUUUGAACGCGUUUUGACCAGUGGAUGUGACAGUUCAGCUCUGGAAGGACUGCCUCUGAUAAAGCAGCUCAUAGAUGAGGCCAAAGGCAGGAUUGUGGUGAUGCCAGGAGGUGGCAUAACAGAUAAAAAUCUGCAAAGGAUCCUUGAGGGUUCAGGUGCUACGGAAUUCCACUGUUCUGCUCGGUCUUCUAGAGACUCAGGAAUGAAGUUUCGAAAUUCCUCUGUUGCAAUGGGAGCUUCACUUGCUCAUUCAGAAUAUUCUCUAAAGGUAACAGAUGUGACAAAAGUCAGGACUUUGAAUGCUAUUGCAAAGGAUGUCCUCGUUUAGUUAAGGCUCCUCGGAGAGACAUGGAUAUCAGAGUGUGCAGGCAGAAUUAGGACCUUCAGUUCUCCACGUGGCCAUGGAGUACGUUUCUAAGAAGAAAAAGAAAUUGGACCGGCAAUGCACUCAUUUUCUUUGCUAGUCAUUUCUGUCAUCGUGGCUACAUUUGGUCUGUGCUUCUUCCAUGGAGAGAGGCUUAGUCAGUUUUCAGUGGAAUUAACUGAUAAACUGGCAAAGUUCAACUACAAGGUAUGAAAUCAGAGUUUGGGUUAGGAUCAAUUAGUACCACUUUUUUGCCUUUCAUUUGUAAAAUAAAAAUUCUUAUUCUAUUGUG